UCACUCAAGGCUAAAGAAACUCUUUCACCGCAUGUGGGACUUGCAGUCAUAUUUCUGUAAAUUUUAGGGUGAUAACAAAAGAAGUGUAGACUCUAGAUAACAUUUCCUCCUCACAGCUGUGUUGGAGACAUAUGAAUUAGAGACCACAAGGGAGCCAGUGGCUGUAGAUAGUAAUCAUCAUGAGCAGGUGUAAAGGCAAGGCUUCCUGGUUACUGUUGUUAGCUGGGUUGGUGCUAACAGGAAUAGCUUUGGAAUAUGAGGGGGUUCCCGGUCAAUGGACUCGCUAUGGCCAGUGGGACGCCAAGACAACAGGUGAGCUCAGCUUUAUUCUGAAAACCAACACCAGCAAAGCACUGGUGCUCUAUCUGGAUGAUGGAGGCAACUGCGACUUCCUGGAGCUUCUAAUCGCAGGUGGGAGGCUCCAGAUGCACUUCACCAUCCAUUGUGCUGAACCGGCCUCCCUGCACACAGAGACACGUGUCGACGACCAGCGCUGGCACAGAAUCCUUCUUUCUCGUAAUUACAAAGAGACCAAGCUGGUGGUGGACAACGAGGAGAAAGUGGCUGAGGUGAAGUCCAAAAGAAAAGAGAUGGUAGUGGCCAGUGACCUCUACGUAGGGGGGAUCUCACCCGAUGUGCGUCUCUCUGCCCUGACGUCCAGCACUGUUAAAUAUGAGCCGCCAUUCCAGGGCCUUAUAGCCAAUUUGAAACUGGGGGAGGCACUACCAGUACUGCUGGAUGGUCAAGCUGUCCAUAGUGAUUUGGAGUACAUAUGUGCCGCAUACUCUCCCUGCAACAACAACGGCGUGUGCUCUGUCAGCCAAGGAGAGGUCCUCUGUGACUGUAUCAAUACCAGCUACAGGGGAAGGUACUGCCAUGAAGCUGUACAGAAAGAAGUAGAAGGUCUGGCGCACCUGAUGUUAAACCGCCAAGUUUUUCGCCAAGGGCAGGAGGAAUCAGUGGCCACAUUCAAAGGCAAUGAGUUCUUCAGCUACAACCUGUCCCAGACACCCAUUCAGAGCAGCCUGGAUGAGAUCACGCUGUCCUUCCGUACCCUGCAGAGGAACGGCCUGCUGCUUCACACAGGGAAGUCGGCGGACUAUGUCAACCUGUCCCUGAGGAACGGAGCCCUGUGGUUGGUCAUCAACCUGGGCUCUGGUGCUUUCGAGGCCUUGGUGGAACCUGCCAGUGGGAAGUUUAAUGACAACGUUUGGCAUGAUGUUCGGGUGACACGCAACCUCCGCCAGGUGACGAUCUUGGUGGAUGGGAUUCUCACCACCACCGGCUACACGCAGGAGGACUACACCAUGCUGGGUUCUGAUGAUCUCUUCUACAUAGGGGGCAGCCUAAACACAGCUGACCUGCCAGGCUCCCCGGUCAGCAACAACUUCAUGGGCUGUCUGAAAGAUGUGGUCUACAAGAACAAUGAGUUUAGACUGGAACUGUCACGGCUGGCUGAACAGCGGGACCCUAAGAUCAGUAUCCGCGGUGACCUAAUAUUCGGCUGCGAGAAUGUGGAAGCGGUAGAGCCGGUCACCUUCGACACGCCAUCUGCCUACUUGACAUUGCCCAGGUGGAACACAAAGAAGACAGGCGCCAUAUCUUUUGACUUCCGCACCACAGAGCCCAACGGCUUGUUGCUGUUCAGUCAUGGCAGUCUCCAGGGAACGCAGCCCGACAGGAAGCCCAGGGCUGACUUCUUCGCCAUAGAGCUGCUGGAUGGAUUUCUCUACCUGGUCAUGGAUAUGGGCUCUGGCAGCAUCAAGAUGAAAGCUAGUAACACGAGGCUCAAUGAUGGCGAUUGGUGCCAUGUGGAUUUCCAGAGGAAAGGACGCAACGGCUUCAUCUCUGUGAACAGCCAGAGCAUCCCCUUUUCUGCUAAUGAAGGCAGUGAGAUCCUUGACCUAGACGGCGACAUGUAUCUUGGAGGUUUACCUGAGGAUCACCAAGCCGUCAUGCUCCCCCCUGAGGUGUGGACAGCCUCCCUCAGCCUUGGCUAUGUGGGCUGUGUGAGGGACCUCUUCAUUGACGGACAGAGCCGUAACUUGUGGAGGCUGGCGGAGGUUCAGAGCGCCACAGGUGUCAGCAACUUCUGCACCAGAGAGACUCAUGUCAGGUGUACCAGAGACACAUGCGCCAACGGUGGACACUGCAGGGAAGGCUGGAACCGCCACAUUUGUGACUGCAACGGUACUGGCUACCUAGGUCGCAGCUGUGAAAAGGAAGCCACCACUGUGAGCUAUGACGGCAGCAUGUAUCUAAAGGUGGUGCUGCCAAGGACACUCCACACAGAGGCCGAGGAUGUGUCCCUGCGCUUCAUGUCCCAGAGGGCCUUUGGGUUGCUGAUGGCCACCACCUCUCAGCAGUCAGCAGACACCCUGCGUUUAGAGCUGGACGGAGGCAGAGUGAAACUCACUGUGAACCUGGAUUGUAUCAGGAUAGACUGUAAUCUCAGUAAGGGACCAGAGACACUCCUGGUAGGCGAGAAGUUGAAUGACAAUGAGUGGCACACAGUGAAGGUGGUGCGGCGUGGGAAGAACUUGCAGCUCUCUGUGGACAAUGUGACCGUGGAAGGCCAAAUGACCGGCGCCCACACCCGCCUGGAGUUCAACAACAUUGAGACGGGGAUCAUGACAGAGCGGCGUUUCAUCUCUGUGAUGCCCUCCAACUUCAUCGGUCAUUUGCAAGCGCUGUCCUUCAACGGGAUGCUGUACCUGGACCAGUGCAAGAACGGAGACAUCUCCUACUGCGAGCUGAAUGCUCGAUUUGGCAUGAGGCACAUUGUGGCCAAUCCUGUAUCUUUCAUAACCCAAGCGAGCUACUUGGCCUUCUCCACUUUGCAGGCCUACGCCUCCAUGCACCUUUUCUUCCAGUUCAAGACCACAAGUCCCGAUGGCCUGAUACUUUACAACUCCGGUGAUGGUAGUGACUUCAUCGUGGUGGAGCUGGUCAAAGGGUACAUUCAUUAUGUUUUUGACUUGGGAAACGGGCCGUCACUAAUGAAGGGAAACUCUGACAAGCCGCUCAGUGACAACCAGUGGCACAACGUGGUGAUCUCCCGGGACAGCAACAAUAUGCACGUCCUUAAGAUUGAUUCCCGUACUGUCACCCAACACACCAAUGGAGCCCGCAACCUGGAUUUAAAAGGGGAGCUGUACAUUGGUGGUCUUGGGAAGAGCAUGUACAGCAGCCUGCCCAGGUUAAUAGCAUCCCGGGAAGGUUACAAGGGUUGUCUGGCAUCAGUGGACUUGAAUGGAAGACUCCCUGACCUGCUGGCAGAUGCCCUGCACAAGGUGGGAGAGGUGGAGCGCGGCUGUGGAGGUCCCAGCACCACCUGCACAGAGGACUCCUGCCACCACCAGGGAGUGUGUCUGCAGCUGUGGGAGGGCUUCUCCUGUGACUGCACCAUGACCACCUACGGGGGGCCGUUCUGCAGUGACCCUGGAACCACAUAUAUCUUUGGGAAAGGGGGAGCUCUCAUCACAUUCACCUGGGCCCCCAAUGAACGGCCAAGCACCCGCGCCGACCGGUUAGCCGUGGGCUUCAGCACUCAGCAGAAGGAUGCCAUCUUGGUGCGAGUGGAAAGCACUCACGGGCUCGGAGACUAUCUUCAGCUGCACAUAGAUCAAGGAAAAAUUGGUGUCAUCUUCAAUGUGGGGACAGACGACAUCACCAUCGACGAGCCUGCUGUCAUAGUGAAUGACGGCAAGUACCAUGUUGUACGCUUCACACGCAGCGGUGGCAAUGCCACUCUCCAGGUGGACAACCAACCAGUCAUUGAGCGUUAUCCACCAGGACACUAUGAUAAUGAACGACUGGCUAUUGCUAGACAAAGAAUCCCAUACAGACUUGGUCGGGUAGUUGACGAGUGGCUACUCGAUAAAGGGAGACAGUUGACCAUCUUUAACAGCCAGGCAGCCAUUAAAAUUGGCGGUCACGACAAGGGUCGGCCCUUUCAGGGUCAGAUUUCGGGACUGUAUUACAACGGUCUCCAGGUACUCAAACUGGCAGCAGAAAAUGACCCCAGCGUACAGGUGGAGGGGAACCUGCGUCUGGUCGGGGACUCGCUCUCUGUGCUGACCACCGACACCACCGCCGCCACCCCAUUGGCAGUGUCCGAUAUGUCUACCACAAUCAUGGAAACCACCACCACUAUGGCCACCACCACCACCCGCAGGCAGCGGUCACCGAGCUUGAGGGAGAGCAUCUCAAAGCCACAGAACUCUGAUGAUAUUUUGGUGGCAUCAGCCGAGUGUCCAAGUGAUGAUGAGGACCUGGAAGAGUGUGAACCAGGAACAGGAGGUGAAUUAGUGUUGCCUAUUAUAACAGUGGAUUCCCUUGAGCCCCCAUCCAUCGCCACCCGUUACCCCGUCAUCCCUCCUCCUCCUACCCUCCUAUCCCCACUUGAAACCACCAAAGAGUCCCUGAUACUCCCUCCUCACCCUUCUUGCCCCCCGGACCAGGAGGACUGUGGUGACCCUGUGGAGGUCUCGGCCUUCGGCUCUGGGGAGAUGACGGAAUCUGAUGACGAGGACUUUUACAAUAAUAACUCCCCCAUGGUCACUGACAGGACAGUCCUUCCUCCACCUCCCGCCGCUGGUGAGGGUGGAGUCCAGAAACCCCGACCCCUACCUCCUUAUGUUCCCACCACCAACCCUGACCAGCUCCACAUCCCCGCAGGCAAAAUGAACACCCGUGACCAGGUGCUUCUGCCCCCUGCUCCUCCAUCCUCCCGAAACACACCAGGACUAACUUACCCCCCCAAUUUUCCCCAUGUGCCCACAGCCAACCCCACAGCCUCUGAUGAAAAGAGCCAACCUGGUGCCGUGGAGGUGAUCAGGGAGUCCAGCAGCACCACGGGGAUGGUGGUUGGUAUUGUGGCUGCUGCUGCUCUCUGCAUUCUUAUCCUCCUCUAUGCCAUGUACAAGUACCGCAACCGGGACGAGGGCUCCUACCAGACAGACCAGAGCCACAAUUUUGCCAACAAUGCCACUGUGGAGGGCAAUGGAGCAGUGGUCAAAGACAAAAGCACAGCAACAGCCUCCGUGGCCAAGGCAAUCACAAAGGGCAAAAAGAACAAAGACAAAGAAUACUACGUCUGAGAACGCAGAAGGAGAGUAGGCACGUUUGGACUGAGACAAGAUGAGAGGAUGAGAGAAUGCUUUCAUUUCACUCCCCUAUUUUGUCAGGUCAACCAUCAGUGAAAUUUCACAGGCCACAAAAAAACAACUGCACAAAGCGACUGUGUCUUGCUUUUAACAGGUACAUUUUUCUCAAAAGUCAAGGUUGCCCAGCUCCUGUUAGUGAUGAAAUCUUCAUCUACGACACAAGAUCUGACUCAUCCUCUGUGUCACAACGUGCGCUGAGUCUGCAUCCACCGAUUCUUUGUUAGUGUGUCAUUUUUUAUGUUUUUAAAAAGCUGGAAGAAGCAUAUCCACUUUGGCUUUGUAUAUAGCAUGGAUAUGGUACAGUGCAGAAAGUACUGAGAACAUCCGGACAGAUUUGCCUAAAUGUUUUCUUUGUAUUUCUUUGUAAUGCUCUAUCUCAAGUCUCAGUGUCCCCAUUAUGAUAUAUGAGGCAGAACCGACCAGUUAUUGAAUUUUUAUGGUAGAUGAACAGAGAGCAGCCAAGUAAUUCUGACUACAGUCAAAAAAGAAAGCCUUUAUUUGGAUAAGACAUCAUCUCUGCAGCCUCCAUGUUAUGUGCUUUCAGAACUCCCCAAUCACCCUGCCUCUGUUCACAAGAGAUGGUAUUAUGUUGCUGGUGCAGUAUCAUAAAUGAAGCAUGGUGUUUAGCUCUCUGGUGAAAAAUACAGCAAAUUUAAAGGAAUGAUUGAAUCUCUCAACACACUCCUGCAAGGGAACCUUGGAUCAGGAACAUUAUAUGUGAGAUCUCACAGUCAGUGUGCCAUGCCAUUCCAAGUAGGGAUAAUUGUGAACAAGUCAGUCCACACCAGUGAAGGUAUUUCUCUGUAAACAUUGCUUGUAUGUACAUAUAGAGGUUAACAGAUUGAAAAAGCAUUGUGUAUGCAGGGGAACAUGAAGAAGAAUAAACGUCUGAGGUGCCCCCCCCCCCCUCCCCCCCCCCACCCCACCCCCACCCCACCCCGACAGCUUUCACAGCAACAUCAAAACCGCUGCAGCCCAAACUUCACAGGAAUCUUUGGGAACACAGAAUCAAAUCUGAGGAAGUUUUUCUGAUUGCUUCUUGGAAAAGGAGAACCAACCCACCUCACCAGAGGCUGACUCACUCUUGAUCUUUCUCUUCCUUAAAACUGUCAUGGAAUAAUUCAAAAGCACACAGAAAAUGUAAACAUAUCUCUGAGACAUAGAUAUUCCUUGUAAAGCAGCCAAACAUGUAUUGUUUUUUUCUAUCAGUUACUAAAAGACUAUUCUAUGAGAUGAAUAAUUGAAGGUUUGUGAAUUGUAUUGAUAUUUCUCUGAUAUUUCGAUGUAUCUUGUUACCACUCCUCUUAACACGUUACAUUUUAGACUGCCUUUUACUUAAAUCCAGAGAAAAAGCACACUUUCCUCUGAUAGCUGCAAAUAUGUUUUGUUUUUGCAUUAUUUACAGUUCAGAUUAUGCAGAGAAACACACAAGGAUGGAACAAACAAAUGUUUUGUUUUGUUGCAUUGUGCAUUUUAUAUGUGCUGAAUCUGUUACUCAAUGGAUCUGAUAAUAUAAAGCCAUUUUCUCUGUUGAGUUACGUCUACAUUUACUUAUUCAUGCUGUGAUUUCCUGUUAUUUUUUUAUGAAAGUGCCAUUCAACAUGAGCUGCUCAGCACUCAGAAAAUAUUCCAUUCCUCACUCAUUGCUAUUGUAUAGUGUUCAUGUGAAAUGGAUCUUAA